UCCGUUUGAGCAACUUUGUGCCCCGCGCACAUCCGUCAGUGUCUGAGAGUCCGGCCCACGGCGGGGUUGCAGGUUGGAAGCGCGUCCUCCUCUGGUGCUGCCCUGCUCCGCUCCGGUUGUCCCGCUGCUUGCUGCGCAGACAUGGCACCUCUCCUCCGAAUGUUCGCCGUCAUCAUCGCAUCGACGCUCCUGCAAACUGCGACAUCGGCCCACCUCAAUGACACUAUUUUUGCAGUGACUGUGAGCUCCCAGGUGAGAGGAGGCAAACAGGAGACCCUGUGUGCUCAGAUCCACGGCCCCACGGAGCCCGUCACCCUGACCGUCACCCUCGAAGUGGAUGCUAGCAGCACCGUCAUCCUGGAGGAGGCUGUCAAACAGGACUUUUACCGCUGCUUAACCUUCCAGGUCCCUCCAGUGCGCACCAGGAAAGUGGCAUCCAUUAAUGUCACUAUUCAGGGUGAGAGCGCCUCCAUGAGUAAGAAGACCAAAAUCCUCAUUGAGCCUGCUGCUUUCAUCCAUAUCAUCCAGACUGAUAAACCGAUCUACAAACCUGGACAGACUGUCCAGUUCCGAAUCGUCUCCAUGGAUGCCAACUUCAUCCCUGUAGCUCGAGUGUACAAAGUAGUGGAGCUCCAGGAUCCCAAUUCAAAUCGAAUCGCCCAGUGGUUGGACAAGGCCCUUGUUAGUGGCAUCCUUGAUCUUUCCCACCCAGUGAUUCCCGAGGCGAUGCAAGGAAGCUACAUGAUCACCGCCUCAACAGACAAAGGAGAGCAAAUAUCCCACAGCUUUGACAUCAAGGAAUACGUUUUGCCAAAGUAUGAAGUAAAAGUUCACCUACCCAGUGUGAUUUCCAUCCUGGACCAAGAGGCAACGCUUAGGAUCUGUGGAAAAUACACUUACGGGAAACCCGUUGUUGGUUCGGUGCGGGCUGUGUUUUGCAGAAGCGUCAUUCGAUUUCACUGGUAUACAAGUUUCCAAGAAACUGACCUCUGCAAGACAUAUGAAAUGACGACGGAUAAAAGUGGUUGCGCUUCGAAAACUGUGAACCUGACGGAGUUUUCCCUCACCAAGAGCAUGUACGAUGACAGUUUUGACGUUAGUGCUGAAAUGGAGGAAUAUGGCACAGGGGUCAUUCUUAAAGGCAGUGGGCGGGCCAGCUUCAGCAGUCAGAUCAGAACUGUCACCUUUGAGGAUGUACCUGCAGCGUACAAGCCUGGCAUCCCAUUCGAGGGAAAGGUCAAAGUGGUCGGCCCAGACUCCAAACCUGUCUCCAAUGAGGCAGUGUACCUGUUUGCGUUUGACUCACAAAACUUAACACUCACUACAGACACCAAAGGCAUGGCUUCAUUUUCUCUGGACACCACCCUCUGGACAGACACUGUGACUCUAAAGGCGAGGUCCAGAAAGACGGAGGAGAAUGAGCCAUAUGUGGCCAAUGUGCGCAGACCAGACUACAGGUCAGCCUACCACCACGCCGCAGCAUUUUACUCCAAGAGCAGCAGCUUUCUGAAGCUCAUGCAGGUCAACCAGGAGAUCUCCUGUGACAGAGAUGCCACUGUGCGUGCUCAGUACAUCAUCCAGGGGGAGGAGCUAAAGAAGGGACCAGAAGUAGAGGUUGACUUCUUUUACCUGGUGGUGUCCAGAGGUGGAAUUGUGCAGCACGGUCGGGUGUCAGCAGCUGUUAAAGGAGGAACUGUCAACAGGGGAGAGGUUUCCAUCCCACUCCGUCAGGUUACCAACCUGGCACCAUUUGCCCAGGUGGUAGUUUACACUGUGAUGCCCAGUGGAGAGACCGUGGCUGACAGCCAGGAUUACCCCAUUCAACUCUGCCUCAAUAACAAGGUGUCUCUGAAGUUUCCAUCCCUCCAGGAGCUUCCAGCAGAGAAGACGACACUCAGUCUGCAGGCACACCCAGGCUCCAUGUGCUCUGUCAGAGCCAUCGACCAGAGCGUCCUCCUGCUGCAGUCAGAGCAGGAGCUCACGGUGGACUAUGUGUACAGCCAGCUGCCUUUGCAGAAGCUGUCAGGAUACAGCUAUGAAGUGGAAGACUUUGAGCCGUAUCCAUGCUUCCCUUUGCCAAUGCCAGAACCAGAGCCUGAACCAGAGCCUGAACCAGAGCCUGAACCAGAACCAGACCUGGCGAUUGAGCUCGGACUGGAGGCGUCUGAUCGAACAAAGCGCUCAGUCUACUUUGGACAGCCCAAUCAGAAGAAUGAUGUCUACAGCAUCUUUAAAGAUAUUGGAAUCAAAAUUCUGACCAACUCCGAUGUGAAAAAGCCUUAUAACUGCCAUGACAGGAGUUAUGACUUAAUGUACUAUGAUGCUGAGAUGGAGUCUGGUGGUGUUUUUCUAGAAGAAGCAGAUUAUGGUGAUCCAUUUGCAAAGUCCCAGAUGAUCGUUACAGAUCCAGCUGGAAUGACCAAGGAGACUAUUAGAACAUACUUCCCUGAGACCUGGAUCUGGGAGCUGGUUACUGUUGGAGACAGUGGGUCAGUGGAUGUGGAGAAGACAGUCCCUGACACCAUCACAAAGUGGGCAGCCGGAGCUUUCUGUGUCUCCUCGGUGGGCUUCGGCGUGUCGCCCAACAUUGGACUGACUGCCUUCCAGCCAUUCUUUGUCAGUCUCACUUUGCCCUACUCUGUCAUCCGAGGGGAGGUGUUCACACUCAAAGCCACGGUCUUCAACUAUCUCUCCAAGUGCAUCAUGGUGAAAGUUACACUGACUGAUUCAGACCAGUACACCUUCAGGAACUGUGAGGGCUGCCAGUACAACGUGUGUCUGUGUGGGGAGGAGAGCAGGACCUUCUCGUGGAUUGUAACGCCGACCGCUCUAGGUCAGGUGAAUCUGAAGGUCAGCGCAGAGGCCCUGAGGACCGACGUACUGUGUGGCAACGAGGUGGCCACCGUCCCCGACACGGGCCGAAUCGACACGGUGGUCCGCACCCUGCUGGUGGAGGCUGAAGGAACACCACAGACGAUCAGUCAUAAUGCUCUGCUCUGUCCUGCAGAGGGGCCUGUGGAGAAGAAAAUCUCUCUCCUGAUGCCUGAGAUGUUCGUUGCUGGAUCAGCCAGGGCCUCUGUCUCUGUUCUGGGUGACCUGAUGGGCCGAGCCACUAAGAACCUGGACAAGCUCCUGGCCAUGCCGUACGGCUGCGGGGAGCAGAACAUGGUGCUGUUCGCUCCCAACAUCUUCAUCCUCAACUACCUGAAAAGCACCGGUCAGCUGACCAAGGAGAUUCAGGACAGAGCAACACGCUUCCUGGAGAGCGGAUAUCAGAGGGAGCUGACCUACAAGCAUGAUGACGGCUCCUACAGUGCCUUUGGGAAGAAUGAUGAUUCUGGAAACACCUGGCUGACCUCUUUUGUGAUGAAGUCUUUCGGCGGGGCGACGCCGUACAUCUUUGUGCAUCCCCAGCACAUUAUCGACGCCAGGAGGUGGCUGUCCAAACACCAGCGGCCCGACGGCUGCAUCAGAUCCGUGGGGAAGCUCUUCCACAACGGCAUGAAGGGAGGAGUGAGCGACGACGUGUCCCUGACGGCCUACAUCACAGCCGCCCUGCUGGAGCUGGACGCCAACGUCACGGACCCCAUGGUGCGGAACUGCCUGAACUGUCUGAAGAAAGCAGUGGCCGGCCAGCUGGACAACCUGUACACCACCGCCCUGCUGUCCUACACCUUCACCCUGGCUGGAGAGGAGGAGACGAGGAGCAAACUCAUCACGUACCUGCACCACAAGUCCGACACACAAGGGGGCACCCGUCACUGGGCCAGAGCAGGGGCUUCUGGGAAAGGCCUGGACUCUUUGGAGGUGGAGAUGACCUCCUACGUGCUGCUGGCUCUGCUCUCCGGCCCGACCAUGAAAGAAUUCGGCCUGGAUUAUUCCUCCGGCAUCGUGCGCUGGCUCGCCCAGCAGCAGAACCCGAGCGGUGGCUUCUCCUCCACACAGGACACCGUGGUGGCCCUCCAGGCUCUGGCUAAGUACGGCGCUGCCACCUACAGUGAGGAGGGCAGCACUGCAGUGACGGUGACGUCUCUGGGAGGCCUGAACAAAGAGUUCACGGUGGAUCAGAGCACCAGGCUGCUGUACCAGGAGGAGAGGCUGAGCGAGGUCCCAGGAGAGUACACCAUCAGAGCCCAGGGUCAGAGCUGCGUGCUGGCACAGAUCUCCAUGCAUUACAACAUCCCCCCUCCCCCCGACUUCUCUGCCUUCAACAUCACCACCGUCACCAUGGCCAAGUGCAACAUCAGCAGACCCCAGCUCAUCCUCUUUGUGACUGUCAGGUACCAGGGCAGGAGAGAGGAAACAAAUAUGGUCAUCGUCAACAUCAAGCUGCUGUCUGGGUACAUUCUGGAUAAGAGCUCUCUGAAACUGCUGAGGAGCGACCGCUCGGUGAAGCGCGUGGACGUGGAGGAAGGAUUCAUCAACAUCUACUUAGACGGGCUGAAGAAGGACGAGCCUCUGAUGUACAGUGUGACUCUCGAGGAGGAUCAGCCCGUGCGGAACCUGAAGCCAGCGGUGGUCAAAAUCUACGAUUACUACCAGACAAGUGACGUGGCAGUCACUGACUACACCUCCCCCUGUGCAGAGAGUGACACCAUCAACGAGCUGUAGAGUCUGUGGACAUCCUGCAGAAAGACCGGCCGGGACCUCUGUCAGCUGGAGGAUCACUGUGUCAGAGAUGGCAAAUUCUGGAUGUCUAUUUUUUUUCUUAGGCGGUGUCUUUUCAUUUCUUCUUCUUUUUUUUUUUCUUUUUUUACUCCUUUAAAACACAUUUUUUUUGUAGUGGUGUUUCAUUGUGGAUGAAUCCUGCUUUUAGUGAAAUGUUAGGAACAUUUAUUCCCCGUUUUUCUUGUUUUAGCCUUCUGAUUGUUUGUGUUGUACUUGCUGUUCCAGGGUAGGCUCGCCCUCGUCCCUCCACCUCUGACUAUUAGUCAUGAACCAAUAAUCAGUCAGCGUUAGAAUCCAUCAGUAGCCACUGCUGUCCCUCUCCUCGACACUGGAACGUUCACAUUGUAACCCACUGAGUUCAAGACAAGCAGCCGACAUCCUGUAACAGUUCUGUUUUUAAUAGAUUUGACAAAAUCCAUAUUACUCAUACGUGAAAGUAACGCAUGAGACAUACAGGGUACCAAUAACACAGUAUGGUCCGAGUACUGAUUGUGUGUGUGUGUGUGUGUGUGUGUGUGUGAGAAACAGAAUCUACUUUCUAGAAAACAAAAGUACAGUCUCAUGAGUGCUUGGUGAGCUGUGUGUGUAUGUGUAUGUGUGUAUGUGUGUGUGUGUUCUGCUGUACCAGUAAAAAACAAAAUAAGGUAGAUUGAUACAUCACUACCAUACAAUUUGAAAUGUAACUGACUGACAAUAAAGUUUUCUAAAAUGACAAAAAUAAGUAAAAACUGUACUUCUUUCCAUACAAUACUGUUUUCAUUUCAAUAGUAAGAUAUUUUUUUUUCAUUCAGGCAUCCUCUUUACAGAAUAUUGAUUUUUCCUUUCUUUAACAUAGACAACAACAGUAAUGUUUAUACCACCUACUAUCAACAGACAUGAUUUAACAGCCUUGCCACUGUUGAAUAGUUUGGUUUGCACGUGUUUACUGUGCAGGGAAAGUAAAGGCAAGGGGGACACAAUAUAUUAAGGUCUUUUCACUAGUCUUCUUUUUUUCAGAGUAAACGUGUCACUAUCUCAGGCACCACAACCAUAAAUUAUUAUUACUGUACCCACACAUGAAACUAAACACCAGUUCCACAUGCUCCAUAAAUCACAGCCUAUAGUUAGUCCUCCGCUCUUCCUAAACAGAUGGCCAACAGCGCCCGGCGUCCGCUAACUACAGACUGUCAUGGCCAAUCAAACAGAUUCACGAUGAGAUGAUCAACACACAUAGACGCCGGGUCAGCUGCAGGCUGUUAGAGCUGGACACAGAACAUUUCUCCAUCCGUCUUCAUGCAGGCAGAGCUCAGCUCACAGUGGGGAUUAAAGCGGGAUGGAAGGUUUUUUGGUGAGGGUGUGUGAUCACCAUUUGUUUUACAUCUAGAGCAAAAUGCCAUAACUGAGGAUGCUCCCUGUGAUUUACAGUAUAAUCUGAGCGCUCUGGUCUUCUGCCAGUCAAAAGUUGUGAUGAGCUAACCCAUCAGAUGAUGACAUCAUCAGGGUCAUUUUGUCAGGCACAGUCCCCACGUACACAGAAAAUGAUAUCCAUCCAGACGAGCGUUUUUGCAACUGUCUCUGGAAAACAUCGCCCUCCAUAAAAGCAAAUCUUAAAUAUUGUUUGGUUGGUUGUUGAAAAUACUAGGUUUUUAUUUUAACUUCAUAUACAGAACUGGUGAAGUGAGACUGCUCCUCAUGAAGAUCCUCGACAAUGGUUUUUUUUUCUAUUAUUGUAUGUUAACUGUUUGUUUGAGUAUUUCUGAAUGAAGAUAAUGUAACACUGACGACAGUUUUCUGAAUAACUUCUAAGCAGUUUUCCAAUGUCAUUUUGGACCUAAAAUGUUUAGGCCAAAAUGCAGAGAAAAAGCGUUGUUUUAAGAAAUCCCCCUGGAUUGGAGGUGGACAGCACCUCGGACUCAAUCACAACCCUCCAGAGCCACAGAAGACAUUAUACAGCUCAUCUCACAGACUGAAUAAUGCUCCCCAUGAUAAAUACACUGAAAUUGACAUCAGAUUUGUUGGAGUGUUCCUUUAAAAAAAAAAAAAAAAA